GUGAUUUCUAAACGCACUUCAGUUGACGUCAUGGACCGCUCAAGCAGUGCUGGUGAGCUUUCAGUAAGAAGCUUGCGAGGUCUUCCACUGCCGUUGAAGAAGUCUCGCUCGGGCGUCGUGCUGCCUCCGUUGACGGCCUCUUCACCUGGUUUGCCAUCCCUAACUCGGCAGACCAGGACGCAGCCUUUUUGUAGCAGUGCUUGGUCGGUGGAGAAGUCGCGAACUUUGGGCCCAUGCCUCGAUUUCAGCAUCGAAGCGUGGCCAGGGGAAAAGGCUUCAAUGGUGAAUGCAGCCAACGAAGCAGCACAGGCCCGUCAAAAGCCUGCUGGGACUGAGGAGGAGGCCAUAGCCAAGAAACUGGCCGACUUAGAUAUGCCUCAUCUCGACAGAAUCACUGGCAUGUACAUUGGUCAUAGCUUUGCCGACAUGGAUGGUGACGGGGAGAAGUCCCUUGAGGACGUGGCGGCAACUCAAGACUUGAGCAAUUUGCUGAAGCAGAACAAUGGAGGCAUAGAGGUGAAUGAAGACGAGCUAGAAACUCAAGAGUUGCAACAAAUACGCACAGGGGAGGAUGCUAUUGCAUACUUCGCAAAGAGCGGCAGCGUUUCAAAGACAAAACUCCUCUAUGCAAACCGCGUGGAGAGUGAUCAUUUUGCUCCAUAUGAGCUCAUAGUUGUCCCAGAAGACAAGGUCAAUCCGGAAUACUUUACGAUUUCGGCCACUGGUAUUGUGCAUGUUGCACCUGGUCUCUUGUCGGAGUGCAUUUUGCUGACAGAAUGGAUGCAUCAGAGUUUGAUGUUCCGUGUGCUGCAAUCAAUGAACUUCUUCAAGCACUAUAUCCACAAGAAGGUGAUCACGCAGUGGCGCACCAAUGCGCGUUACGAGGUGUAUUGCCACAGAAGACAGCGGCUCACUAGGUGCUGCUUCUUUGCAAAACCAAUGUUUGUGGAUUCCUUGGUCCAGGUGAACAGCCUCGUCCGUGAAGUGGAAGAUGUGAAGGUCAUGCACGUUGAUCAAAACUGCAUCUACUCAAUUCAGGAAUUUAUGGAGAAGCAACAGCAUAUCCGGGCAAGUCCAGUGAAUUCAGCACAAAAAGAUUUCGAACAGAAGCAUGAAGCUGCGAUUGGCAUCAUUGAUCGCUUGAUUGCCACGGUCCAGUGCUCCUUCCAGACUGAAGCUGCAGUCGAUCAGUUGGCCGGCUCCAAGUCGAAGUCCAUGGUGCAGGAAAAAGAGGAGGCACGUGAGAAAGCCCGCCUCUUGAGAAUCGCAAAGCGGGAUGAAGAGAUGCUUGGUGAUUGCAUCCGCCUCAUCGAUUAUAUGUUCCAGGCAUCGCUGGUGCAGACGGUCUAUGAAGCUGUGAAGCAGUUCUGGGGCCGCCUGGACCAGAAGAACGUCGGGAAGCUCUUUGUCAUUUCAGUGGAUAUGACCGAUCAGGCAAUUGUUCUUGAUCCUGGAAUCUACGAUUUCCUGGACAUGCUGCAGGGGAUUUCGGAGGGUUGGUUCCAGACGCUCAGCAACUUGCAGUCAAUGACCUGCGUCCGCCAGUAUGACCAAUUCUGCAAAGUGCAGAAUCACCAGACCGUGAAGGACAUCAUGAUGAAAGACAGGGUCUAUUUAGGAUAUCAAGAGAACAUUCAAGAUUUCAUCACUGGAGCCGUGGAAGAUGCACAGGCCAAUUCCAACAGCACAUUUGAGCGCUACAGGAAGAUCUUCGAGUUUGGAAAAGCUUGGGACAGCGCAGCCUUCAAUGAGAAGGAGCACAACUACGAUGAACUCUCCGUGCAGAUGGACAAGAUGAGAUGGUUUCAGGAAGAACUUGCUUCCUUCAAGAUACCACUUGUUUGGGGUAUCAUUGUGGUCAAUGGCCAGGGCUUGAAGGACAAGUUGGUACCAAUUCCAGAGGCAGCCUUGACCUGCAUGAGGAACUGCCUUUUGGGCCUGGCGAGAGUGAAAUGCAAGGAGUGCUAUGGCAGAUAUGACCAGGCCAACAAGCAGUUGGAUCAGCGCGAGAAGGAUCUGAGCAAGUUCGCCAAUUACGUGAAGAUGUACCAAACGAUCCAAGAGGAUCGAGAAGAGAUGGAGGACUUGAUGUUUGAGGUCGAGCAGAUGUACUCUCUCCUGAGGGAUUUCAAAGUUCGGAUGAUUGACGAAGACGAGUUUUACUACGAGGGACUGAAAGACAAGGAGAGCGACUUUGCAAACAAGAAAAUGAUUGAAGCCAGCCACUUUAUCUCAGAGAUGAAGGAGGAGAUGGCUUUGGAGACCUACCAGAGAGCCCUCAAGGUUGAGGAAGAGAUGAAAUCCGUCUCGGAGGAACUGUUCACCGGAAGCUUCAUUGAUCCAGAGAAGAUUGUGGUUGCUCACGAGGUCCUUGAGGAGUUGGACAAGAUCCACGAAACCCGAGUCAAAGCUCUUGAAGAGAGAGCCGCAACUUUCACAGACUACGAGGGAUUGCUCGGCCCUGCUCCUCAAGUUCAAGCUGAUGAAGAGAGCAACGGCCACUUUCAGUUUGCAGAGGUGGCAAAGACCAGGAAGGUCUUUGAUGACAAACUGAAGCUCUGGGAGGUCACUGCCCAGUGUCAAGAAAUGGCGCACAAUUGGAAUGUCUCGGAGUUUGUGAAGGUGGACGUGGAGGCGAUGAACAAACAAGUCAUGGCCUCCUACAAAACCGCCAAUGGCUUGACACGCUCACUGGACGGAGACGAGGUGGCAGUGCGGGUGAAGGGGAUGAUUGAAGAAUGGCGAGAACGAAUGCCUUGCAUCCUGGAUUUAGGCAAUCCUGCCCUUCGUCCACGGCACUGGGAGAAGAUCUUUAAGAAGAUCAAUCUUGCCUACAAGGGUCCAACCUCUGCGAACAGUAUCAGUUUGACCCAGUUGGAAGGCAAUGGGAUUUUCGACGUCCGCGAAUACGUCUCCGAAGUCUCCGCCAAUGCCAGCGGCGAAUUUGCCUUGGAGCAAUCCUUGGAGCAGGUGAUAGCAGCCUGGGCCGAUUUGGAGCUGCCAAUCAUGAAUCACCGAAACCAGAAGGAUCUUUGGAUUCUUGGUGAUCUCCAAGACGUCAUUACCUUGUGCGAGGAUCACAGCGUCACAAUCGCAACCAUGAUGGGAAGCCGCUUUAUUCACGGCAUACGUGAGAAGGUUGAAUUGUGGGAGAAGAAAAUCAACCAGGCUUCUGAUGUGAUAGAUGAGUGGUACACUGUGCAACGUGCUUGGAUGUACUUGGAGAACAUUUUCUCGGCCGAGGAUAUUCAGCGCCAGCUACCAUCCGAAGCGGCAAAGUUCAAACAGGUGGACAAGUUCUGGAAAGAUCUCUUCCGGAAGGUUCGUCAGAAGGAGAAGCUAUGCAUGGAUGCAUUUCACAUUGCAGGGAUUCUGGAGCGGCUGAAGUGGGCGAAUGACACCCUGGACCAUGUGCAGAAGCAAUUGGAAGCUUACCUCGAAACCAAGCGAGCUGCAUUUCCCAGGUUCUAUUUCCUGUCAAAUGACGAGCUGCUCAGCAUCCUGUCGCAAACGCGAAAUCCCCACGCCGUUCAAGAGCACAUGUGCAAAUGUUUCGAUUCGAUCAAUCGCGUGGUCUUCUCCGAGACUGCCCCUGCGGAAAUCGUCGGCAUGUCCGACAUGAUCAAGGAAUAUGUCCCCUUUGUCCAGCCGGUCGUUACCGGUCCGAUCGUGGAAAAGUGGCUGAGCGACAUUGAGGUUGCCAUGGUGAACGGCCUCUAUGACUCCAGCAAGAGAGCCUUGUUGGCCUAUCCGGAGGACGGCACAAAUCGGACUCAGUGGCUUCUUGAAGGGGAGUAUUCUGCGCAGUCCAAGAUUUUGGUUGACCAACAGUUCUGGACCGCUGAGACGGAGAAGGCAUUGAAGAGAAUCGCAGGAGGAGAGGCCAGUGGCAUGAAAGACAACAUUGAUUUCCACAAUGAGCAGCUGAAGAACAGCGUCAGCAUCGUCCGCAUGAAGCUCACCAAAAAUCAGCGCGUGUUGAUGGGCGCAUUGAUUGUCCUGGAUGUACAUGGCAUCACUGUGCUGGAGAAUUUGCUUGAAGCUGGCACAAGCAGCCUGGAUGACUUUGACUGGAGCAAACAGCUGCGAUAUUAUUGGAUACCAGAAGGAGAAGAGGUGGAAACAUCUUUGAUCAGCAUGGUCUCAGAUGAUUGCGUUUGUCGCCAGACGAUCGCAUGCUUCAAGUACUCCUACGAGUACUUGGGCAACACUCCACGCUUGGUGGUCACGCCACUUACAGACAAGUGCUACAUGACCUUGACAGGAGCGAUGCAUCUCAACUAUGGUGGUGCACCGGCAGGACCAGCUGGCACAGGAAAGACUGAGACUACAAAGGACCUCGGCAAGGCACUUGCAGUCCCUGUGGUUGUCUUCAAUUGUUCAGAUGGCUUGGACUACAAGAUCAUGGGGCGUUUCUUCUCUGGACUUGCGCAAGCUGGAGCUUGGGCGUGUUUCGAUGAGUUCAAUCGAAUCCAAGUGGAGGUCCUCAGCGUGAUCGCACAGCAAAUGCUGACCGUCACCCAGGCCAUUCGACAGCGCAAAGAGGUUUUCGAGUUUCUCGGCAAUGAGAUUCCUUUGAACCGGAGAUUUGGGGUGUACAUCACCAUGAAUCCCGGUUACGCGGGUCGUGCAGAGCUUCCGGACAACCUGAAAGCACUCUUCCGUCCUGUGGCAAUGAUGGUGCCAGACUAUGGUCUGAUUGCUGAGAUCAUUUUGUACUCGGAAGGCUUCAAUGCAGCCAAAAUGCUGGCACGCAAGAUGGUGAACCUCUACCGCUUGUCCUCGGAACAGCUUUCAAAGCAAGAUCACUACGACUUUGGCAUGCGCGCAGUGAAAUCAGUGUUGGUCAUGGCAGGGCACUUGAAGCGUCAAAAUCCUGAUUUGGAAGAGAAUGUGACCCUGAUCCGUGCCCUGCGCGACUCCAAUGCGCCCAAGUUCUUGUCCUUCGACUUGCCGUUGUUCAGUGGCAUCAUCUCAGACCUCUAUCCGGAGGCUGUGAUUCCUGAUGUGGAUUAUGGGAAACUCAAGACUGAGAUCGAAAAUCAACUUCGCUUAGUCAACCUGCAGGUUGUGCCAUCCUUCCUCACCAAGAUUACGCAACUGUUGGAGACACAGCUGGUCAGGCAUGGCGUAAUGCUGGUUGGCCUUACAAUGACGGGGAAGUCGACCAACUCCAACAUUUUGGCGAAGACCUUGACACAGCUCAAAAAGGACGGCUCCAACGACCCAGCACAUCAGCUGACCAAGAUCUUUUUCCUCAACCCGAAGAGUAUUACUAUUGAAGAGCUCUACGGCUCCUUCAAUGAAAAUACUGGGGAAUGGAAGGAUGGUUUGGUGGCGAUCCUCGUGCGAGAGGCUGUCAGCGACACCUCAGACAACAAGAAGUGGGUAAACUUUGAUGGGCCGGUGGAUGCUAUUUGGAUCGAGAACAUGAAUACGGUCUUGGACGACAACAAGAUGUUGUGCUUGUCCAACGGAGAACGCAUCAAGCUGCCGCCAAGCAUGACCGUGAUGUUCGAGGUCAACGAUCUGGCAGUCGCUUCACCGGCCACCGUAAGUCGAUGUGGUAUGGUCUAUUUGGAGCCAGUGCAUUUGGGCUGGAAACCCUUGAUUCAGACGUGGGCAGAAAAGUUCGAGGCAAAGUUCCCAAAGUAUGCCAAAGACAUCGGAAAGUGGGCAUUGUCUGCUUGUGAGGAGGCCCUACCUUACAUCCGGGAGGAAUGCCAAGAAGCACCCGGAAUCCCGAGCAUGGAUGCAAACCUCGUCCAGGCCUACCUGCGAAUGCUGACUGCCUUCAUUUCAGAGACCCAUCAGCUCAUGCCAGAAGGUGAGGGUAAGCCCAUCAAGCAGGAUGAUGAUGCUCUCAAGCUGGUGCGCAUUUACACGGCCAUGUGUGCAAUCUGGUCGUUGGGUGCCAACCUGCACGAGAAUUCGCGAAGCAAGUUCGUCUCGCGGAUUCGUCCGAGACUUCAGCUCUUUUGCCCAGAGAUCCCUGAUGGUGGCGAUCUUUACAUGAGUUGAGCUCAGCACUUUUGCGCUUGCACUUUCGUAAAGAGAGAAAAGAAGAGAGAGAGAGA